CACAAGUCGCACGCGUGUACUCGCUUUGCACGCGUGCGCCUUAUACUAUUUUCGCCCGCACUUUCCUUCUACAUCGACGCGCUAGGGUGUGCGCACACCAUAACAAACAACCAUCUCAAGCCCACUUUGCUCUCUCGUCAUGGCGGUCAAAAUUCUGAAUCCACAACCUCUACCGUAUCGGUGGCAAUCGUCUCUAAACAGACUGCAGAAAAAGAUCAAAACCAGCGAACACACUUUGAAACUACUGCCGACGGUCGACGCCCUUACCUUCUGCGAAGCUACGCAUCUUGAGAAGAACACGAUCAGACUCCACCUCGGUCAUCGUAAUCAGGCAGAUGGCGCGCAGGCGAGUAUUUGGGCACACGUUCACUUCGAUCGCAAACGAAUGAAGCCGCCUGUUGUGUUUGAAGACGAGAUCAACACGCAGGGUAAAGUAACACGAUAUCCACGUUCAGCAACAUCACUCCUGCGCAAAGCAACUGGGUUGCAACCACCAUUCUGCUUCCUUGAAUUUGACCCAUCCGACAAAGUAGCUAAUGUUCGCGACAUGAUUUGUGCACUUGUGCUCUAUCUAUUCCUUGCCGCUGGCCUUGACGACUGCGCUAUACACUGGAGCAAGUUUGACAGUAGUCUUGUACAUGCGCUUGAAUACAUCAACAGCCGUUGUGAAUAUCAUGAUUGGCUACGAAACGGAGCGAUAUAUCGGCCUUCAACCGAUAGAGAAGCGAGUAAAAUCGAAAAGACGUUGUUGGAAGGAUUCGAGGACACAACAACUAUUGAAGAGCGAGAAGCAAACGAGCAAGCAGUGGCCGGAACGGAUGCCGUCAGCGUCACACAGAGCAACAGAGGGAGACUUCACUCAAUGAGAAUCUCUGUCGUCCCCAGACCUACGAGGAUGACAGGGCCUUACUUAGAAGAACCCGAGAGGGGAGACACGACAUCUGAGGGUUCCGGAGUAGAUUCCGGCGACAACUUGGACGAUUCACAAGAAACCUCCAGGAGAGACCAAGGUCUUGUGGGUUGUACAACUGUAAGGGCGUCUUUGAUGAUACGACUCAAGAUCGACCCGGAGACACUGGCAGAGAUUAUGGCCGGAGAUAUAUCAACCCGGCGCCUGGUAAUCCCUGACAGUGAAGCUGGAACGGAUGAUAUGGAGAUUGAUGAAUUGGAACCGAACGCGCGAGGAACAAACCAUGAAGACCUUCCAGUGCCUUCCAUCGAGAUACAGCCUCCAUCCCAGCAGGAAGAUUAUGUCAAAUCCAACUUUAACGUACAUAUGCCCAGCGAUGGCGAUCCAACUGAUGGACACGAUGGAGUAAAUGGGCCUGAUGGAGCACGAGGCAGUGCACGAGACAGCGGUUUUGUGUCGGCGGUCUCAUCGCCCAGCUUCUCAUCGGAUCAUAUAAGGCUGGCGUCAGAUCUUCAGGGCCAAGAUGUACACAGCCGCUACGAAGGUACUAAAGAAGUAGGAAAUGAGCGCGAAAUGUCCAGAGAUGGUACCGAGUUAUCGAGAGAUGACUCUGCCACAACAUCGUGUGGUACGAACGGCCCUAAAGAGCAGCUUCCUCCAGUCGUCAAACCCCUCCCGGUAUCGAGCAGCGCGAACAAAUUGAGAAGCGUGUCAGUGAUCAGUAUCGGCAGCUCGAAUGGUACUGGAGCACAUGGUGUGUCUGUUAAGCCACUGCUAGGUCUACGACAUCCAUCUCAGUAUUUGGCAGCACGAACCUCAAACACAGCAAAGUCUCCAGAAGUCAUCAACCUAUGCAGUGAUGACGACGGCGAUGACGAUGACAACAUCCUCCCAGAAUCAAGAAUGCGGGUCGAAGCUACGCCUGGUAUACCAAACGCGGCACCGUACAUAACCUCCAGAGCUAUGAGUUCAGACAGCGGGAGGGUAGUUACUGGCAUUGCGGGAAGUCGAGGCGUAAAGAGGAAAGCGGGCGAGAGCGUCACGAAACCCCUACCCCAUGAAGAUGAUGACUUUGUUGUGGAAACAACCGGCGAUGGCUGGCGACAGGCUACUUCGCGGCAGUCGCAAUCGCAGCGGCCGUGAGUCAGUCUUGAGGAGUUUAUGGAAAAAGCAUGUAUAUGGCCAUGGAUACAUGUCUUAUCUGCACCAGUCGGAUGGAAAGGUCUUGAGGGAAUAUAUAACCUGUACAAGACGCCCGACAGCUUGUACCAAAAUGCCACGAACAACAAUGGAGUCCUCCAAAGAUGUUAAUCGGAUAUAGAUUGCGAAUCUCACUGGAAUGCAACGAUGACGUCGACGUAAUGCAUAGCGCGCUUUCCAACAAUCAUUAGCGUGUC